GAAUUGGGUGGCCUUGGCGCGUUAGGUGGAGCUUCCUGCACUAUGGGAAAGAAAAGCAAGAGGACAGCAGAUAGUUCGUCCUCUGAAGAUGAGGAGGAGUAUGUUGUGGAGAAGGUGCUAGACAGGCGUGUGGUGAAGGGGCAAGUGGAGUAUCUCCUCAAGUGGAAAGGAUUUUCCGAGGAGCACAACACCUGGGAGCCCGAAAAGAACCUGGACUGCCCUGAGCUGAUUGCGGAGUUUAUGAAAAAGUACAAAAAGAUGAAGGAGGGUGAGAACAACAAAUCUCGGGAGAAGUCAGAGGGUGCCAAGCGCAAGUCCAGCCUCCCCGCCAGCACCGACGACAUCAAGGCCAAGAAAAAGAGAGAGAGCAACGACAUCGCCAGGGGCUUCGAGCGGGGCCUGGAGCCCGAGAAGAUCAUCGGGGCCACUGAUUCCUGUGGAGACCUGAUGUUCCUGAUGAAAUGGAAGGACACGGAUGAGGCGGACCUGGUGCUGGCAAAGGAGGCCAACGUGAAGUGCCCGCAGAUCGUUAUCGCCUUCUAUGAGGAGAGACUGACCUGGCACGCGUACCCUGAGGACACGGACAGCAAAGAGCGCGACGCUGCCAAGAGCUAGGCGCCCGGUGCCGCCCGCCUGCCCGCCCGUCCCGUGCUGAUUACUGUGUCCCCCGCAGGAGGCCC